AUGACUAGACAGAUGACCGCAAUCAUCGAGCGCGAGGGCGACUCCUAUGUCGCGCUGUGCCCCGAGCUCGACAUCGCAAGUCAAGGCACAAGCGUGUCGGAGGCUCGCGCAAAUCUAAAGGAGGCUCUUGAACUCUUUUACGAGGCGGCAUCUGCCGACGAAAUUCGACGGCGGCUCCAUGAUGAAGUCUAUGUAACGCACGUCGAGGUGGCGGUUGGCUAG